AUGUCCCCUCAUUUUAGAUACCUUGAGCUUGAUAAUAUUUAUACCAUUCAUCUCGCACUCUUGACUUUCCAGCACUUGGCGCUUUGCAGCCUGAUUCACCCCCUUAUGCGAACUAGACCGCAACCACACCGCAACUGGGAGAUUUCACCCUUAAAGCUCGCUAGGCAAGCUCUCAGUGCAUCUAACGAGAAGACUACGAUGGAAUUCUCGAAGGAAGCUUUAGACCUUGAGUCUGACAUCCGAUUCGAAUACGAUCCAUGGCUUCUCGAUGAUCAUCCCCUUCGAUCAUAUCCGACAGAGUGUGUUCCAGGCUUGUCACGUUAUCUCCAUGAAUACUACGAAUCCAUCGGAAAGCGAAGAGCGAUACUCUUCCGCACCGGGUGCCUUAUUCUUGGAUGCCUAGCCGCAUUCCAAUGUCUCCGACUGCUCCCAAUCAAUAUCAAACGGAUACUCUUGCCUCACGCUUCUAUGCCACGUACACACAUGCAGUUACAGAGUGGGCCGUGUACGUUCUCUACACUAGAUACGGGACCACAUGCCCUCAGGUCGUCUCCCAACGAGGGAUGUUAUAGCCUCCGAACGGCGGUCUGGAUGCACAACGGGGAGCUGCAGAUUGGAAACACAGUUGCGGAGACCAAGCCCGAGGACAUCCUGCAGCGACUCGGUCUCAACCAUCUUCUGGCGGAACUGGAAACUGAGAACGAUGCUACCACCCGGGCAUCUCUUAACCCCGAAAUGGCAGGCAGCUUUCACGCUGACGUGUCUCGGUCUUUCAUUUUAGUACUUGAUGCCAAGACACCGCUUCACGAGCUGUACCCACAUCUCGUUGAACAACUUGAUACUCUCCGGCAGAGGGGAUACCUGUCUCAUUGGGAUGGGCAGGAUGUUGUUCAGCGCCCUGUGACCGUCAUGGUUACUGGGGAGGCAUUCCCUGAGAGUGAUUGUGUCAAUCAUUCUUAUUCUGACAUUUUUUGGUCUGCUUUACCGGAAGGACGGUUUAUGACGAGUGACUUCACGAGUGAUGGCCUCCGACAUCUGUCGCCGGUGUGUAUAUAG